AUGAAGAGAAGGAAUGGCGAUUGUGGAAAAUCUCGAAAGGCCUUGAAAAGAAACAAAUCCGCCACCGAAGGAAUCUACUGGAGUUCUGUUCAUUACCUGAAGCUGUUUGGAAUUUGGCUCGUUCUGAUACUACUUGAUUAUUUACUACACUUUCGGUUUGAGUACGUCUGGCCAUUUUGGCUUCUGUUUCACAAAAUUGUUGAAGGAAUCAAACAUCAAGGAUUUGUUUAUACAGUGUUUUUUGUUUGCAUUGCAUUGACAUCAGACAUGGUGUGCUUUUUCUUCAUACCCGUACAUUGGUUGCUGUUUGUUGCUAGUACUUAUUUUUGGGUACAAUAUAUUUACCAAGCAGAAAAAUGUGUUUCUUGGCCAGUGGUAACUUUAUUAGUCUUGUACAUUUAUGUGGAGGCUUAUAUCCGACUGAAUAACCCUGACCAUAUUCCCUAUAAAUUGGUUUUGUGUAAACCUUUAGCUGCUAACUGUAUUGGAUAUCCUGUGGUUACACUAUGUUUUGGUUUCAAAAGUUAUUUAAGUCAUAAAUUGAGACAGAAACAACAACAUAGGGUUUCUAAAGAAAAUGAGUUUUACCAGAACUUAUUAUUAGAUGCUUUGCCUUUUGAUAGAAUAACCGGCUCCAUUAUACCUAGUCAAGAAAAUGAUGAUGGAGAAAUAUGGUUGGAAUCAAUUUGUGAGGUACCUGCAGAAGACAAUGAUAUACAUAUUAAUAAAGUGAUAUCUAAUGGUAGUGUUCCACAUAAGAAACAUGAAAAGCAAGAUACUAUAUGUACUGAAAUACCUAAUAAAAAAUUAGUAACUAAUGAUAAAUUAAUAUGUAAUAGUAAUCAAGAAAAUCAUGUAAAUAAAGAAACAGAAAAAAAUAAAAGGGUGACUCCUAGAGUGUCAUCAACUAAAAAUAAUAAUCAUCUAAGGUGUAGUAAUCAAAACUCGAGCACAAAAGAAUCUACAAAAGCUAAAGGCACCUCACCACUAAGAAUAGAAAAGCCUUUAAUUGUUGAUCCUAAAGACAUAUAUUGUGAAACAUUGGAAAAUGAGUUAAAAAGGCUUAAAUGUGAACUUCACUCAUGUAAUCAAGCAGAAAAAGAACUGAGAAAUCAGUUAAAUUCUGCUUUGGUUGAAAAUUCAAAUACAUCACAUGAUUUGACAAGGCUAAAACAAGAACAUGAAGAUACCAAAUCUAAGGUUAUCAAUUUGGUAGUAACCCAUCAAAAUGAUAGGCAGAUGGUGUCUCAACUUGAAAAACGUUUGUCAGAUGAAAAACGACAAAGGAUUUCAUGUGAGUCUCAAUUAGUCACAGAAAGACGACAAUUAAAAAAAGUUGAAGAACUUGCUGCUUCUAGAUUAUCAGCUUUAUCUACCAAACCAGAAUGUACAGAAAGCUGUAAGGUUAGGCGCAGAGAGCUUGAAAGUGAAGCCAAAGCAUUACGCAAAGAACUUAGGAUAAAAGAAGAGCAGUAUGUGGCGGCCCAAAAAGAAGUCAAUGAUCUUCAACCAUACAAACAAAGUCAAGAUAAAAUUGAUUUUGUUAUGUCUGCAUUGUCAACAUUGAAAGACAAAAACGCUCACUUAGAACACAGUCUGAGCGCGGAAACGCGCAUUAAACUCGAUCUGUUUUCAGCAUUAGGCGAAGCCAAGAGACAGCUAGAAAUUAAAAUUAAUAAAAUUUCAUCUCUAGAAAAAGAGAUUGAAGAACUCAAGUCUAAAAUGGCUCAGACAAUGAUUAUGACGCCACCAAAUAACUCUUACCAUAUGGUAAACUCUGUUGGCGGAUCGCCAACAAUGAGGUUUGGUGGUAGUAAUUCACCUCAGUCUAGCCUUGAUCCAAAUGCCACUAUAUAUACACCCAAGAAAAGUUCACAUUUAGUCACUGAAGCUUAA